AUGAGGGAGAAAGAAAUUUGUCCAAGUGUGCAGUCAUGUAACAUUCUAAUUGACGGUUAUGGGAGGAGUCGCCAGUUUGAGAAGUGUUUACAAAUUCUUGAAGAAAUGGAAAAUAAUGGGUUGAGGCCUAAUGUCAUAUCCUAUGGUUCUCUAUUAAAUUGUCUAUGCAAGGAUGGCCGACUUCUUGAAGCUGAAGUACUAUUUAAGCAUAUGGCUUCCAAGGCAUUUCAAGAGACAAACACGUCUCUCAAAUAUCUCAUUGUCACCUUGAAUGCCAUGUUUGGGAUAAACACCCUCGUAAACGCAGCAUGCCUUGGAAUAGUUUCCCCUACAAACCCACAGAUGCCAGUAGACAACAAAUACUCAUCUCUUAAAGUCGGUGAAAUGAUAAAUAUCCUUCGUGGAGAUCAGCGCUUGACCAAAGCUUCCUGGUACGUAUUAUUCUGGGGAGCAAUUUGGCACUGUCUAGAGAAUAAAGGUUGGCACAAAGAGAAAUCCAAGAAUCAGGGGUAUAAUGCUAACUCAAAGACAUUUUUAGUGCCUGGAUAUAAAUUCUCAGAGGGAUUGGUGAAACGAGUGCAUUACUUUGAUUCUGUUUUUGAAUUAUUGAGCAAAGUUGCCAGAGAACAUAAUAUGAUCGGGAUUGAAGAUCAUCGUAACUCAGCUUUAGUUGUCGAUACAAGUAUUUUUGAUGGCAAACUCAAUCAGGUGAGUGAAUCUAGAAUCUCCCCUAAAUCUGACAGGGAAAUGCUACAAGUGAACAGAGAAACUCGUGCAUCAGUCGAUCCAAACUUGACUCCAAUUUCCCUGGAAAUUGGAAGUGAACAAAGGCAACAAGUUGCGCAGCAGUCAAACACCAAUCUACUGAGGAUGCAGAGCACCAGAAACCGGCUGCCAACAACAAGAGUACUAGACGCUUGGACUAGUGGAUUCUUGACUGUAAAAUCUGGACAGAAAAGAAAAUGUCAAGAAACAUACAUCAGGCAACCAGACGAGCAGAUAGCUAGUACGAACAUUCUGCAAAGGCAUAGCACAAAAAACCGGCAGCCAACGACCAGAGCACUAGAAGCUUUUGCAAAUGGAUACAUCGCUGUGAACUCGAGACAGAAAAGAAAGUGUCAUCAAGCAACCAGAUGUGCAGCAAUCGAGUAG